AUGAAGGUCCUCAUCUCUCUCCUGAUGGCCAGCAUGGCCAGCGCUCACACCAUCUUCUCCUCUCUCGAGGUCGGCGGCACAAACCAGGGCGUCGGCAACGGCGUCCGCGUUCCCUCCUACAACGGUCCCAUCGAGGACGUGACCUCCAGCUCCCUCGCAUGCAACGGCGCGCCCAACCCCACGACGCCCACCUCAAAGAUCAUCACCGUCCAGGCCGGGCAGAACGUCACCGCCAUCUGGCGCUACAUGCUCAGCUCCACCGGCUCUGCCCCCGCGGAUGUCAUGGACAGCAGUCACAAGGGCCCGACCAUUGCCUACCUGAAGAAAGUCAGCGACGCCACCACCGACACGGGCGUCGGGGACGGCUGGUUCAAGAUCCAGCAAGAUGGCUACAGCGGUGGUGUGUGGGGCACCGAAAAGGUGAUUAAUGGCCAGGGCCGCCAUAGUAUCAAGAUUCCAGAGUGUAUCGCUCCCGGCCAGUACCUCCUCCGCGCUGAGAUGAUUGCCCUGCAUGGCGCUGGCAGCUACCCGGGUGCCCAGUUCUACAUGGAAUGUGCUCAGAUCAACGUUGUGGGGGGGACCGGUACCAAGACUCCUUCCACUGUUAGCUUGCCCGGGGCCUACAAAGGAACCGACCCCGGAGUCACAAUCAAUAUCUACUGGCCUCCAGUCGAGUCGUACACGAUUCCCGGUCCCAGCCUCUUUACCUGCUAG